CGGCUGGAGAGCGCGGCUCCCGGCUCAGAGCUGACAUGCGGCGCGGCCCGGGCGGCAGGCGGCGGAGCAGCUGGCGGCCGGGUAGAGCGAGCGGCCGAGCGGGCGGCGGGGGCCGCGGGGCGAGCGGCGUCCCAGCCUCGGCGCUCCGAGGGCGGCGGAGGUGCGGCCCGGAGCCAUGGUGAUCAUGUCUGAGUUGAGCGCGGCCCCCGCGGGCUCGGGCCAGGGCCAGCAGAAGCCUCUCCGCGUGGGCUUCUACGACAUCGAGCGGACCCUCGGCAAGGGCAAUUUCGCUGUGGUGAAGCUGGCCCGACAUCGAGUCACCAAAACGCAGGUUGCAAUAAAAAUAAUCGACAAAGCACGAUUAGAUUCAAGCAAUUUGGAGAAAAUCUAUCGGGAGGUUCAGAUCAUGAAGCUUCUGAAUCAUCCUCACAUUAUAAAGCUCUAUCAGGUUAUGGAAACGAAGGAUAUGCUGUACAUUGUCACUGAAUUUGCAAAAAAUGGAGAAAUGUUUGAUUACUUGACCUCCAAUGGGCACCUGAGCGAGAGUGAAGCCCGGAAGAAGUUCUGGCAGAUUCUGUCAGCCGUGGAAUACUGCCACAGCCACAACAUCGUCCACCGGGACCUAAAGACGGAGAACCUGCUGCUGGACGGCAACAUGGACAUCAAGCUGGCAGAUUUUGGGUUUGGGAAUUUCUACAACUCAGGAGAACCUCUGUCCACGUGGUGUGGGAGCCCCCCGUACGCAGCCCCAGAGGUCUUCGAGGGGAAGGAGUAUGAAGGCCCCCAGCUAGAUAUCUGGAGCCUGGGCGUCGUGCUAUAUGUCCUCGUGUGCGGGUCUCUGCCCUUUGAUGGGCCCAACCUGCCGGCGCUGCGGCAGCGGGUGUUAGAGGGCCGGUUCCGCAUCCCCUUCUUCAUGUCCCGAGACUGCGAGACGCUGAUCCGCCGCAUGCUGGUGGUGGAGCCCGCCAAGCGCAUCACCAUCGCCCAGAUCCGGCAGCACAGGUGGAUGCAGGCCGAGCCCGUGCUGCUGCUGCCGGCCUGCCCAGCCUUCUCCCUGCUCGGCUACACCUCCAGCCUGGGCGACUAUGACGAACAGGCCCUGGGCAUCAUGCAGACGCUGGGCGUGGACCGAAAGAAGACCGUGGAGUCACUGCAGAAGAGAAGCUACAACCACUUUGCAGCCAUUUAUUACCUCCUCGUGGAGCGGCUGAAGGAGUACCGGCUCGCCCAGCCAGCCCGCCCUGGCCCUGCCCGGCAGCAGAGGCCCCGGAGCACAGACCUCAGUGGUUUCGAGGUACCUCCGGAAGGCCUCCCAGGAGACGCUCUCCGCUCCGCCCUGCUGUGCACGCAGCCCCAGACCCUGGGGCAGUCUGUGCUACAGGCCGAAAUGGACUAUGACCUCCACAGCUCCCUGCAGCCCCUGCUGUUUCCCGUGGACACCAGCUGCGGCGGGGUGUACUGGCAUCGCUCCGUCUCCCCCAGCAGCCUUCUGGACACGGCCAUCAGCGAGGAGGCCAGGCCGGGCCCGGGCCUGGAUGAGGAGCAGGAGGUGCAGGAGCCCCUGCCCAGCAGCACAGGCCGGAGGCACACGCUAGCCGAGGUCUCCACCUGCUUCUCCCCGGGAGCCCCCCCAUGUAUUGUCGUCUCACCGUCCGCGGCCAGUCCUUGUGAAGGCACCAGCUCAGACAGCUGCCUGACCUCUGCGGGUGAUGGCCUAGCCGGGCUCAGUGGACACCUGGCUGCCCAGGGGCUGGUGGGCGCCUGCUCCCCUCUCAGACUGGCCUCGCCACUCCUGGGCACCCAGUCUGCAACCCCCGUGCUGCAGGCGCACGGGGCCCUGCGAGGAGCUGCCCUGCUGCCCGUCAGCUUCCAGGAGGGCCGGAGAGCGUCAGACACCUCGCUCACUCAAGGGCUAAAAGCCUUCCGGCAGCAGCUGAGGAAGAACGCGAGGACCAAGGGGUUCCUGGGGCUGAACAAGAUCAAGGGGCUGGCACGCCAGGUGUGCCAGCCCUCGUCCUCCAGCCGAGCCUCCCGGGGCGGCCCGCAUGCUUUCCAGUUGCCCGCACAGAGUCCGGGCCUGCACGGCGGUGGAGCCGGCAGCUGGGAGGGCAGGGGCAUGCUGGAGGAGGUGCUGCAGCAGCAGAGGUUGCUCCAGUUACAGCACCAUACGACGGCUGCAGCCAGCUGCCAGCCAGCCCCUUUGGCCCUCGCCCCCUGCGACGGCACCCUCCUCAUGUCAGGACUGCAGAAGGACGUGGGGCUGGGGCCCAGCCCUUUGCUGCCGCCCCACCUGCUCCAGGCUGGCGUCUCCCCGGUGGCCUCGGCCGCCCAGCUCCUGGAUGCCCACCUGCGCAUCAGCAGUUCCACGGCUCCCAGCCCUGCCGCAGCAGCCCCCCAGCCACGCUUUGCCAUGCUGCCCGUGAGCCUGGAGCCCACGGGGCUGCCCCACGGGGACUGUGAGAUGGAAGACCUGACCUCGGGCCCGCUGGGCACCUUCGUCCUGGUGCAGUGAGGGCCCCAGCUGGGGCAGCUGACUUCUUGAAGCAAUAAUUUCAGAGUAUGUGAAGAUGGUUCCGGACGCAAAGCCAAUAACUUUCCAGAAGCAAAACAAGCAAUAUGUUUGGUGUUUUGGAUUUUUUAGUUUAUUAUUAUUAUUAUUUUUCCUUGCACUGAGCAACUGUAACUCCGAGUAGAGACUGGAAACUUUUUGAAGAAAAAUAAUAAUCCAGGGGCCUGUUGUUGGGACCGGUGGAUGGGAUGGGGAAGAGGGCAGCGGGUGGAGCCGGCAGUGGUAUGGGCAGGGUCACAGGGGGGUGGCCAGUUGGCCCCAGGAAACCAUGGUGUGAGCUGUGUGUCUCCAUUGUGUGUGUAUGCUCAUGUGUGCGUGUGGAUUAGUGGUAUUUUUUUUUUCUCACAAUUCUCCACUUCCUGAAACACUUAGAUGCUUCACUUGAAAACUGUGAACUUUCUGCUUUAUGUAUCAGUUUUUGAAAAGCUCUAACCUCCAGUCCAAGAGAAGACGAUCUAAGAGUUCUUGGAAUUCUCUGCCCUGAAAUCAGAACCCAGAGGAUAGUUUUUCUUAUCUUUCGAGAGCAUUUGUAUAACUUAUCUUUUGAGAGCUGUUGUCUAAAUAGCUCGGGAGUUAGUUUUCCAGGAUUCUUCGGAGGGGCUGCAGAGAGGAACCUGAGUGAGGUGGAGUGACGGAGGUGGAGGCUCCCCUUGGUCACUUGGGCACCCUCAAGGGAGUCAGCCAGGGAGGUUCUGUUCCUCCUGCACCUCUUAUUUCCGCUGCUAAUUAAGUUUUUAUGCAUUUCAUUAUCAGGGUCCAAAAAGAACAACUGACUGGGGUGGGGGUGGGGAACGUGCAAUAUGGCGAGUCUGUGAAGGCGGUGGCCGGUGUGGGGCUGCUUGUGGUGGGGGGACAGCCCACCCUGUCCAGGCCCCACACUUGGUGGGCUUUCGUUUUAGGAAAGUGAAAUGAGAGGUCAGGUCAGUGUUGUUCAAGCUUUGUUCCUUUUUUAAAGCAAAUACUGUACAUGUAUAUACAUAGGAGACGAACAUACACUACUUAUUUUUUAUACUUUUUACUACAUUUUUGUGUUCCUGGUGUGAACGUCCCUCUCUGGUAACGUGAUGACGCACCCGGCACCAGGUCCAGGUGGAGGCGGGGCCCGCAGGCAGCAGACAGGCGCGCGCUCACCCGGCAGGGAAACUCAGGUGGCAGCCGCUGGACUGGGCAGGCAGCUCCCACCCCUGCGGCCGGUCAGGGCCGUCUCCCCCCCGCCCCCCCAACCCAGGUGCCUUCAGCUCACGUCGGCGCUCGCCACCUGCAGCGUUAGGCCCGGGGAAUGCCGGCCCAGGUGGUGCCGCCCCGGGCGAUGCUGGCCCGAGAAGGGGGCCCCUGUAGAAGCCAAAGAUUGCUGAGGCCCAGGAGGCGGCCCAGCCUGCGUGUUCCCGGCUCCCAGCCCCGCCGCCAAUGCUGCUGCUGCUGCUCCGGGGCUGCUUCAGGAUCAGGACAAAGGACUCCGUGCGCCCGGUGGCUGCCAAGUCACCCAAGCUUCUUGUGACUCGGACCAGGAGAGUGCCGGAGGCCCUGGGGCUCCAGCUCAGCCCCCUGCAGAGGCACCAUCAGCCCCCCGAGGCCGCCUCCCACCCCUCGACGCUUCUGUUCGAACGCCAUCGAUCAAAGGCCUCAAAACCAUGACAAGCACUUUACUCUCACUGCAGUUUUCUCUCUGUCGCUGUCAAGCGUGUCUCGUGUUGUGUCCAGCGUGUGCGACGCGUGUGCUAUAGGAUUCUCGGCGGCGCUGUCCUGCGAACUGAACGCGGGGGCCUGUCCUAGGCACCGUGCCAUGUGAAGAAGAAGUACAUAGUUUGGGUUUGUUUGUUUUUUUUUUUUUUUUUUUUUACCAUAAUGGAAUUAUUUUAUUUCUUGUGUUCACAUGAGAAAUAUAUGCCAAAUGAUUAGUGGAUGUAUGUUUUUUAAUUUAAUAUUUAAAUAAAACAUUUGGGGAAAAAAACCU